CUGAACUUCAGCUAUAGCAACUCCAUACUACUAAUAAUACCAGAGUAAUGCAGGGAAGACUCCCCAUCUCUCAUCCUACCACAUCUAGCUAGACUUUCCUCUCUUCAUUAGUUCCGACUUCUACACAAUCUCUAGCUAUGGAAGUAGAAACCCCAGUUCCCUCCCCGCCUCUCAGAACUUACAAGCUCACGGCUUCCUCAAUUUCCUACGCCAAAAGCACCGCAUCCAGCAAUAUCCCACCAGCCGCCGUCCUCUUCAAACCCUGCGUUUCUUCUCCCCCGACUUACAUAUUACGAGACGUGUCUCUUUCCGCAUAUCCAUCCCAAAUCCUUGCAAUUGUUGGGCCAAGCGGCGCCGGAAAAUCCACCCUGCUUGACAUUUUAGCCGCCCGAACAUGUCCUACCGGCGGCACUCUCCUUCUAAAUUCAAAGCCACUCAACCCUUCCGCCUACAGAAAGCUUUCCGCUUACGUCCCUCAGCACGAUCCAUGCCUGCCUGAGCUCACCGUCUCCGAGACUUUCGCCUUCGCUGCUCGCCUCCUCAACCCACCAACAUGCGAAAUUCCGAGAAUUGUGGAGUCCCUCAUGGCGGAGCUGAGGCUAACUCACCUGGCCCACACCCGGUUAGCUCACGGUCUAUCGGGCGGAGAACGUCGACGGGUUUCCAUAGGCCUUUGCCUCCUCCACGACCCUGCCGUCUUACUCCUGGACGAACCAACAUCCGGGCUUGAUAGUAACUCAGCUUUCAAAGUAAUGCAGACCCUCAGAUCAAUCACCGACUCGCGUCACCGCACUGUGAUCUUAUCCAUUCACCAACCCAGUUUCAAGAUUCUCUCUACCAUCGAUAACAUCCUCUUAUUAUCAAAAGGAACAGUCGUGCACCAGGGUACGCUCUCUUCCCUCGAAGCCUUUUUGCUGUCCAAUGGGUUCACCGUCCCGCCACAGUUGAAUGCGCUGGAGUAUGCCAUGGAAAUUUUGCAUCAGCUCCAUAAGAACACUAAACCCGCCGACACAGAUCAGCCAAUGCUUCCUCCGUCACCUUCUAAUUAUAACGUCGAGGUCGUCCGAUAUAGGAGCUCAAGAGUGCACGAAAUAGUCGUUCUGUAUCAGAGAUUUUGGAAGAUCAUUUUCAGGACGAAACAGCUUCUGGUGACUAACACGUUUCAAGCUCUAGGGGUUGGUCUUGUUUUGGGAACAAUCUACAUGAACAUAGGGUUCGAUAAGGCCGGUAUCGAGAAGAGAUUAGGACUCUUUGCCUUCACUCUCACGUUCCUUCUCUCCUCCACAACUGAAACUCUUCCGAUCUUCAUCAACGAAAGGCCCAUUCUCCUAAGAGAAACUUCCAGUGGGGUUUACAGGUUGUCAUCCUACCUUGUGGCCAACACGCUAGUCUUCCUGCCCUACCUUCUUGCCAUAGCUAUUGUGUACUCGACUUCGGUUUAUUUCUUGGUGGGGCUUUGUGCUACGUGGCAAGCUUUCGCAUACUUUGUCUUAGUCAUUUGGGUCAUAGUUCUGAUGGCCAACUCUUUUGUUCUCUUUUUAAGCUCCGUGACGCCGAAUUAUCUCGCCGGAACAUCACUGGUAACGGUGCUUCUCGCCGGGUUUUUCCUCUUUUCCGGCUACUUUAUCUCUAAAGAUAGCCUGCCCAAAUUCUGGCUGGGCAUGCAUUACUUUUCCAUGUACAAGUAUGCCCUUGAUGCACUGCUGAUCAACGAGUACUCUUGUCUGAUAUCAAGAUGCCUGAUAUGGUACGAUGAAAACAAGACAUGCAUGGUCACAGGACGUGAUGUGCUGGAUAAAAGAGGGCUCCAUGAAAGGCAGCUAUGGACAAACGUUUACAUCUUGAUUGGGUUCUUUGCUUUUUAUCGGCUACUUUGUUUGAUUGUUUUACUCAGAAGGGUUUCCAGGUCCAAGAAAUGAAAGAAUUCUGGUGGUCACGUGUAUUAUUUAGGUGAUGAAAACAUCUUCACAGUUUGUAAUCAGCAUGUGUGUGCACAAGUGGUUUUGAUCAUUACAAUACCUGUUCCAUGGAGUCUAUGAUUUUAGCAAUUGGCCUUGUUAACUA